AUGGCCGACUCGCACGCUUUGGGCGAGCUGAAGAACCAGCAGCGACCAAGCCGUCGCUUCGAGAAGACCUAUGGCAAGAAGAAACCAGCCAUGGCACAAGCUCGCGCAGUGCAUUUCGACCUGUUCGGAGGCGGCGACGAGAACAAGAUCGUGGACGAGAUGGAGAAGCUGACGAUCAAAAAUGAUACAGACGCGUCCAAGCAGCUUGUUCAAGACAAGCCUUUACCUGAAAAAGCAGAUCCAGCAGAGAACAACCCCCGGCUUCGAGGACGACGCAAGGCAACAACAUCAAAGAAAAUGGCGACCCUCACAAAAGAUAAGCUCCAAGCACUUGAACCACUACUUUCGCUGGUCAAGACAGAGGUCCAAGACUUUCAGGAAUUCGGCAGAAGCAUGGGAACGAAGUACAUUUGCACCAAACUCGGAGAGGGAGCCUUCGCCGACGUCUUCAAACUCAAACCAAAAGACCUCGAAGAAGCCAUGCAAGUGUACGAGUGCGGCGGACUUGUGAUCAAAGUCAUCCCUUUCACCGUCGACAAGACCGAAGAUGACGACAUUGGAGACCUGGAGUCAAUCACGCGAGAAGUUAGAGUCCUACAAACCCUCGACCCGCUUCAUGGCUUCGCUCGCUGCAGAGGCGUCCACGUCGUCAGUGGCAGGUACCCCGACGUUCUCCUCGACGCAUUUCAGAUGUACAAAUCAACGGAUCCCAGCGACGCCAUCAACCCUGAUCCAACCAAGACCACUCCCGCCGACCAACUGUAUGUGGUCAUCGAGAUGGACGACGCCGGCACGCCAGUGUGGAAACUCAAGAACCCGUCAGCAUUUCAAGCGUUUGACAUUUUCUGGAAAACGACGAUGGUACUGGCGAAUGCCGAGCAGAAGGUGGAAUUCGAACACCGAGACCUACACAACGGCAACGUCUGCUACAAGCCACUCAAGCGGAACGGCCCCGGCGAUGUCGCGCAGGCGGUCGUCGAAGACAUGUCGAAGGAACCGGCAGUGACGUUGGGGCUCUCGAACCUGCAAGUCACCGUCAUCGACUACACCCUCGCCCGAGCCAAAGUCGGCAAAGAUUCUGAGGUCGACCUCGUCGUUUUCGACCCGAUUAAGUAUUGGGAAGAGAACGACGCCCGAGGCGAAACAGAAUCAGACAAGAUCCAAUACGACACGUACCGCAAGGUGCGGGAUUGGGCGAGGGCAGAGGCAGCCAGGGCGCAAGCCUUGGCCGAACUCGAGGGAGUCGAGUACGACGAGGUGGACAAGUACUCCAGGUUCCUCCCAAAGUCCAACGUCAUGUGGCUGGGAUACUUGGUGGCCCACCUCUUGUUGAAGGGCGCGGUGGGCAGAGGGGCCAGUCUGCCGGGCAGCAGCAGAGCGGCCAAGAGGCUGCAGUUGGCCAUGUGGAGGACGUUGGAGGAGGUCGACGUCUAUGUCAAUGGCACCUCUCCGACUUUCAUGCCGGAGAGUGCCGGCGACCUGCUGGCCACGGCGGUGGAGCAGAGAUGGCUGACGCCGGCCGACAUGGCGGUGUUCAGAGACCAGCUGGAUGAGUAG